CGCCCUCAAGAAAGAUGGAGGGACGCUCUUUAUCUCGCGAGACCUCGCGCGGGACUCGCCGACCAAUCAGAGGGCAGGACUGGCAAAACUCCGGGCGGAAGCGGCUCCCGCGGUGGCGUCAGCGGCCACUUCCGGCGGAAACGCGGUGCAUUGUGGUCCCGGCGGGGCCCAGCGGCGGCGGAGCGGGGCCGAGGCCGCGGGGGGGGGGGCGCGGCCCCGGGGGGGGGCGGGGCGGGAUUUUGGGGGCACCGAGAGACCCCCGGGACCCCCCCCGGCAGCGCGGGAUGGGCGACAGCGACCGCGACUGCCGGAGCCCCGACAGCUCGAGCGCCGCCUCCCCUCCCCCCCCCGCCCCUCCCCCCCCCGCCAUGGGGUCCCCCCUGGGCCCCUCCCCCCCCGCUUUGGGCUCCCCGGGGCUGGCCCCGCCCCCCGCGCUGGGACCCCCCUUCCUGGGGACACCCCAAAACCUGGGGUACGGGACCGGCAGCAGCACACAGAUUUUUCCCCCCACAAUUCCCUGA